AUGAAUAGUAAGGCUUCUCAAAUUAGAUCUAUUUAAAGAGCUUUGAAUUUUAGGGAUCAUAAUGUGCCAUUUUGGACUGUUCUUGAUGUCUUAGAAGAUCAAUAGAGGACAUCUGUUAGGGUUUAAACAUAUAUUUAGUCUCUCAAGGAUGUUUAAAAUUACUUGAUGGAAAACCAAGAAAGAUGGUCAGAAGUAUUUGCUAAUGUUGGUCUUCUAAAAGAAAUAUAAUAAAUUCUGAUAGUAGAUAUGAGUCUAAUUGUCUAUAAGGAUUGUAAAAACAGAAUAAUAAAAAGCAAAUUUAAAUGACCAUAGGAUUUGAGUAAUGUUAUUUUGAUUCUCUUGUGAUAGACAUACAUGAGCUUCUAGUAGUAAAUUUAGUCUAUUAAUUUAAAGGGAUGCUAACAAGAGUAACAGAAUGCAAUUACCAGAAGAAUUGGGUAAAGUAAGUCUUUAGUGAAAUAUAGAAGAUUCUGAUAGUUGGGAUCAAUCUAUCUGCCUAAAAAGAUGCAAAAUCAAGUUCAUAGGAGCCAUUUAAAAUAGUCAUGAUAACUGGGUAAAUUCAAUCUGUUUCUCAUCUGAUAGAAAUACAUAAACUGAGGUAAUUAAGAUUAAUCUAACUAUUUAUGUGAUGUUAAAACAGUUAAUAAAAAGUUGA